UUCUCUUUCUAUGUCUCCAUUUAUUAGCACUUCAAACUGUGUCUUUCUCUCUCUAUUCCUUCACUCCGUACCCUUCUCUCUCAGUCCCGAAAUUUUUCCCAUUUUGCUUCAACUUCUCUGUGAUUUGAUUAUCCAUAGCAUAGCCUUGGUCUUUCACCGUGGAAAAAAAAAAAAAAAAGCUCUUGCGGUGGGUGCUUGCUUCUUCCCUUUCACUUCACUCAAAUUCUUAGCUGACCCAACUCAUUGUUUCAACAUUUGCGUUUGAGUUUGGCCACUUUAUUUUCGCCCCUAUUGGUACUCUUAUUGUCAUCGUGUACGUUAUUUUUAGUGUUUGGAUUCAGUUUAAGUUCUUAUGUUUUGAAUAGCCUGAAUUUGGUGUUAUUCGUUGUUUGGCUGAUGAGAAUCAUUUCAUAGAUGGGAAACGAGUUUGAAUCAGAUUCAUUUGGGCGAGAAGUAAUGCCUGUGUAUAAGCACAGUUUGUACAUGCCUCUAUUUACAUUUGAAUCCAUGAAUACACUGUAUAAGGCUUGGGCUUUUCUAAAAUUACUCAAGAUCUACAAAACCUUCAUUUUAUCAAAUAGUCCCAACCCCCCUCACCCAUUUACAUUAGGAUUACCAUAUACACAUUUGAUCCCAGCUAAAAUUUUUACUAUGGAUCUUUAGAAUUUUGUACUUGAUUCAUUUAUGAACCUGGCUAUUUUAAACUUCUAAAGUUUAAUAACAUCAGGAAAGUUGUGAGAAUUUUAUUUGUUUGGUAGAUUUGACUCUUGAUUGUCUGGUUGGUUCAGUCAAAGGAGAUUUGAAGGUAAGCAAAUAUCAACUAUGAAGUGGAUUAGGGUUUGUAUACUAGUAUCUGAUUGCUUUCUUCCAAUGGAGAUCUAGAGAUACAGAGAAUCAUACUAUUGCAAUUUUGGUGUGUGUUUGUUUGAAGUGUUUUGGUUUAGAUUGCAUCAGUUAAUUAAUGGUGAAUCAUGUUUCUAAUUGUGGUUGUAGUUUCGUCACAAUUGCUGUCAAGGGGAGUCAUUGAGUCAAAAAAACCUUUACAUUGUGGGUGGCCGCAAUUGCGGUUUUCUGUCUUUAAUUGAGCUGAAUGACAUCGUGUAAUUCAUGUACCCAACCUCACCUAGUGGGAUAAGGCUUUGUUAUAAUUGCUUCUGGAAGGUUUACUGAAUUCUGCUUCAAAAAUGGGAGUUGAAAAAGAAGGGACGAAAAGUGGAGGAGGUUAUGUUGGUGGUUUUUUCCAGUUGUUCGACUGGACCUCAAAAUCUCGUAAGAAAUUAUUUGCUACCAAGUCAGACUUGCCAGAGCAUUUAAAACAUGGAAAAAAAGUCGAUUACAGUAUGGCAUUGUCACAGUCCUCCUAUCUGGUUGAUGAAGAUGAAAAUGGAGUAGGAGCAAGUGUUAGAGGAAGUUGUGAUCAUAGUUAUGCUUCUUCUGUAACAGAUGAUGAAGCAUGUGGAACAAGGGCCCCUGGUGUUGUUGCCAGGCUUAUGGGAUUAGAUUCCUUGCCUCCUUCCAGUUUUUCUGAUCCUUAUUCUACCCCAUAUUUUGAUACCCGAUCCCUUCAAGACGCUCAGUACUUCAAGAACAACCAGCAUGACCAUCAGACCCCAUAUUCUGGAAAGCUGGUUGAAAAGGUUGAGGGAUCUUCUAGGAAUUUCAUGGUUGAAAAGGCUGAGGGCUCUUCUAGGAACUUCAUGGAGCCAAAGCCGCAAAAGGCCCUUACCAGGCCAAUUGAAAAGUUCCAAACAGAAGUAUUGCCUCCAAAAUCAGCUAAAUCAAUUCCUGUUACACACCAUAAACUUUUGUCCCCCAUUAAGGGUCCUGGCUUUGUUCCUACCAAUAAUGCUGCUUAUAUAAUGGAGGCUGCAGCAAGAAUUAUUGAGCCUGGAUCCCAAGCCAGUACCAAGGCUAAGACACCUCUAGUUUCAUCAUCAACACCAUUGAGAGUUAGAGAUCUUAAGGAUAAGGUGGAGGCUUCACAAAAAGGACCUUUAAUUGGACCAUCCUCCAUGACCUCUAGAACUCGAGAUCUGAAAGAGAAAAGAGAAUUUUCUCAAAGAACUACUAGGCUUUUAGAAUCUUCUCAAAGAUCAGCCGAAUCAAAUGCUGCCAAGUAUCUAAAAGGACAGUCUUUGAACAGAAGCUGGAAUGGCUCUGCGGAUACAUCCAUCAAAUCUCCUACACAUGAGGAAGAAACUUCUUCUAUGAAGAAUAAGGGGAAGUCCAUUUCACUUGCAAUUCAAGCGAAAGUGAAUGUUCAAAGAAGGGAAGGUUUGAGUUUGACUGGUGGCAGAAGUUCAAUGGGCCAUAAAGAGCAUUCAGAUGUUAAAUCCAAUCAACCAAUGAAGGCAAAUAAUGUUCAGAAGAAUUUGCAUAAGAAAUCUUCUGGUCAGAAUUCAUCUGGUGCGCUCAGACAGAAUAAUCUGAAACAGAAUUAUUCAAUUGACAAAGACAAAGUACCAUCAAAGCCAUUGGUUACCAAUUCACACAUUAGGAAAGUUUCCACUGCAGAUUCCCCUUAUGGACGCCAUAGAAGCUCUAGUAAUAAAUCUGUUGCAAAAUCUAAAGUUGGUUCCAGAAAGUCAUCAAUGGAGGUGACAGAUAGUGAAAAGGAAGUUUUGUAUACCAGCACAAACAAUUUUCCUAGAAAGAAAAGAUCUACUGACAAGGACUGGAAUGAUAGGGUUGUGGACAAUUUGUUCAUUGAAAAAACUCAGAAGCCUGUUAAGUCUAACCUUGUGAGUAAUAAACAACAUAGUUGGGGCGAAGAAGUUAAAAAGAAAGACAUGGAUGUAGUUUCAUUUACAUUUACCACUCCAUUAACAAGGAGCAAUCCAGGUUUUGAGACACCUGGACAAGCUGGCCAGAAUAAUAAUGGUCUUUCCUUGGAUCAACGCAUUAAACGAGUGUUGCUUGAUCCAGAAAACACAAGAUCUCCAGUUGGAUACAAUGUGAUUGGUGGUGAUGCCUUAGGUAUCUUAUUGGAACAGAAGUUGAGGGAAUUAACAUGUAUGGAAACCACUUGUCAUGACUCUUCUAAAAUGAGGCACCCUGCCACUAGUGCACCAAUGUCAGUUGAUCAAGUAACCGGCCUUAAUAUGGUUAACCUCGACCUAAAGUUGCAACAGAAAAAAGACCAAGAUGUGUUAAGCAGCAACUAUGAUUCAGACAUCUCCUCUGCCGGUCCUCUUGAAUUAUCAUUGAAGCAUAACUCAUGGAUUGAUGAGAUGGAACCACAGUUACUCAAUUGCCGCCACCCAAGUCCAAUCUCUGUUCUCGAGCCUUCUUUUUCAAUUGAAAGCUGUGAAUCUUCAUUCAGUACGGAUGUUACUAGUACAGAAGGAAGUAAGCUGUGCUCGUCUGUUCAAACUCAAGAAGUUCAUAGCUUGAAUUUUUCAAGGAAGUUCUAUCCUUGUGAAUCUGAUGCAGAGUUAUCUGAUUCAGCUUCUUCAACAUCAGCUGGGAACAUAGUGAAGAAGAAGCACACAAGUACAUUUUCUGUCACAAGGUUUGGAGGCUCCAAAACAUGGGAGUUGGACUAUGUGAAAGACAUAUUGUGUAAUGUUGAGUUGAUGUAUAUUGACUUUUCCCUUGGACAAGCUAGCGAGGUUAUGAACUCUCAUCUAUUCAACCAGUUGGAAGGCCGCAAGGGAGGGUUUAAGUGCGACGACGAGUCUAUGAUGAGAAGGAAAGUUACAUUUGAUUGUGUGAGUGAAUGCUUGGACUUGAGAUGCAGGCGUUAUGUAGGGGGAGGAUACAGAAUGUGGAGCAAAGGGUUUGAAAUGGUGAAAAGAAAAGAAUGGUUGGCAGAAGAUGUGUACAAGGAGAUCACAGGUUGGAGUGGAAUGGGAGAUUCAAUGGUUGAUGAGCUUGUGGACAAGGACAUGAGCAGCCAGUAUGGAAGAUGGCUAGAUUAUGAGAUUGAUGCUUUUGAACUCGGAUCAGAGGUUGUGGACCAAAUUUUUAAUUCUUUGGUUGAUGAUGUUGUCACUGAAAUCUUGCAAAUGUAAAACACCUUAAUGAUUGAUUUUGCGGCUGUUUGCUAUUGUGUAUUGUCUUAUUGAUUCAUAGAAAUAGCAUGAUCAAGUCUAUAACUAUAACUUUUUGUGAUAGAGGCUGCUGCUUUUCACUUGACAUAUAUGGAUACCACCUUCAGUUGCUUUAUA